AACCCCUCUGCUGCCUCUUCAUCAAGCACUCGCUUUGUUUUCCCUUAAUCUGAUAACAACCAGGGCAUACCCCCACUCCCUCUGUAGUUGCUCUCUGACCUUGAACGUUCCUGUGGAGCUGGAACUAGUGAUGGGGUAACUGGUCUCAUUGUGCCAACGCAGUGUGUGCAGAAGCACACCUCAGUCAUCAGUGGCUCUUUCACCACUUUCCUCUGUUUCUCCUUUCCAGCACCUGGGCUGUGAGAAGACAGAGCCUAGGGGCUGGUUGUCAGCUCUCUUAACUGGGAGAGCCCUAUUUCUAGUGGAUGUUUACCUCCAGCAGAACUUUCCUGCAGCAACCACUUGCUGCCCUUUGCAGUCCUCUGCUGGAGCACGCCUCUGGCUGUUAUCAGGUCAUUAAAGUGGCCGUGGAGCUGUCCUGUAUCAGGACAAACAGUCCCUAAUGGAGCCGUCUGCUCCCUGUCCCAGUGCCAGAAGCACUGAUUAGUAGGGGAAGAGUGGGAACAGGCUACACGUGGCACAGCUCUGAGCCAGGUGAGGCGAUGGCUCAGGCUGUGCCCAGGCUAGGCAAUCAGGCUCGUCUCCCAGCUGAGCAAACAGCUCGGUGGCUGCCCUGGGAGCAGCGGUUGUCCCACCAGAGCCUACCAGGUCAGGAAGGAGCCCACCACCGCCACUGGAUGCCCUGAGGCCUGCUGGGGGCAGAAGAGCUGAGCCGACUGCCUGGCCAGGAUGAGCUGGAGCUUCCUGACACGGCUCCUGGAGGAGAUCAACAACCACUCGACCUUUGUGGGCAAGAUCUGGCUCAGCGUCCUCAUCAUCUUCAGGAUUGUGCUGACGGCUGUGGGAGGUGAGUCCAUCUACUACGAUGAGCAGAGCAAGUUCGUCUGCAACACGCAGCAGCCAGGCUGCGAGAACGUCUGCUACAACGCCUUCGCCCCACUCUCCCAUGUCCGCUUCUGGAUCUUCCACAUCAUCAUGGUGGCCACCCCCUCGGUGCUCUACCUGGGAUUUGCCAUGCACCGUAUUGCCCGCAUGCCUGAGUCCUCACGGCGCCGGGUGCCGGCAACUCAGCGUGGCCGCAUGCCAGUGGUGCGGCGUGGAGCCGGGCGGGACUACGAGGAGGCGGAGGAUGAUAAUGAAGAGGAUCCCAUGAUCUUCGAGGAGAUUGAGGUGGAGAAGGAGAAGGGCACCGAGGGUGGCGAGAAGCACGAUGGCCGGCGCCGCAUCAAGCAGGACGGGCUGAUGCGUGCCUAUGUGCUACAGCUGCUGUGCCGCAUGCUGCUGGAGUCGGCCUUCCUUUUCGGGCAGUACCUGCUGUUCCGCUUUAAGGUCAGCCCCUCCUACGUGUGCAGCCACAGCCCCUGCCCGCACAUGGUCGACUGCUUCGUCUCACGCCCUACCGAGAAGACCAUCUUCCUGCUCAUCAUGUAUGCUGUCAGCGGGCUCUGCCUCUUCCUCAACGUCUGCGAGCUCUUGCACCUGGGUGUGGGGCGCAUUCGCGAUGCGCUGAGUCAGCCCAACAGCCCACCCUCCAGCAGCCCUGCACUGCACUAUGCCAAGAAGCCCCCCAGUGCACCGCCCACCUACCACUCCCUGAAGAAGGAGCCGCUGAAAGCCCCUCUGCCUGAUGGCAAGCUGGACUACCGGGAGAACCUGGCCAACUCGGCCGCCGAGCGCUUCGCCCUGGCUGGCGCUCCCCGCGAGCACGAGCUGGAACGGCUGCGUGAGCACCUGCGCUUGGCCCAGGAGCACCUGGAGAUGGCCUUCCACCUGCAGCCGCCCCCCCGGGCUCCCAGCCCCUCACGCAGCAGUAGCCCUGAGGGCAAUGGCAUGGCUGCCGAGCAGAACCGCCUCAACCUGGCACACGAGAAGGGUGGUGGCUGCGAGCGCAGCACAGGGCUGUGAGUGACGAGGACGGACGGUGCGGGACAGUGGUGUGACACGGCAUGAGACGACGACAUGUAUCUGCCCGGUGGGGCUGUCCAGGGUGUCUCCAUCCCGGUGGGCAGCGAUGGGGACAGGGGCUUGGGGAACCUUCCUUCACUGUUCUUAAUUUUUUUUUUUAAAAAAAGGAAUAUCUUAUUUUUGUACAUUUUUAUAAACUCAGCAGCGUGCACCCUGGCAUUUUUAUACACCCCUCCCGAUUCCCACUCUGAGCCCGCACCUCCCCUCCCUGUCUCCUGUUGUAUCCCCGCGUUCCUCCCCACACUCUGUGCUCGCAGCACCUCCAAUUCGUGCCUCCCCUGCACUCUCUGUGCACGUGCAGGUCACGACAGCAGUAAGGAUGCUCACACCAGGUCUGGCUGGUGAGGCUGCACCAUGGGCUGGCACUGAGCCUGAAGUAGAGGUGACAGCAGGGACCUGUGAGAGACGUAUCCCAGUGGCACCACUGCUGGGGGGUGCCCAUACAGUGAGCACAUGUGGGCUGCACAGGGCCCCUCUUGGCUCCUCUUUGGCUUCCCCCUCUCCAGGCUGCUCUUUUUAGGGAGCACAGGGGUUUGUGUUUGUCCUUCUGAUCUCCUCCAUUUCCCUGCCAGCAGCUCUGCUUGGGCUUUGGACCAAAGCCGAUCCUCUUCAGCCUGGUGUGGGGCUGGGAGCCCUGUGUGCAGUGCCCAGAGUGGGUUGGUGGGAGACACUCGGGCAUUCUGAUCAUCUCAUGGGUCACGCAGUAAAUUUUGUAGCAUUGUUUUGUACUUGGGUAAUUGUGACUUUUUUUUUCCCUUUUUUUUUAAUUUUUUUUUUUUUUUUUUAAUUAUCUAUAUUCAGUAAAGCCUGGAGACGUUUU